ACAGACUCAUCCUAAUGCAUCAUCAACAUCCAUCACUGUAAGACCUUACAGCCAUGGCUUCCUCCAACUUCUCCACUGUUCUCUCUCUCUCCCUAGCCCUCUUCCUGCUGCUUCUCACCCAAGCAUACUCAGACGACUUCUCCUUUAACUUCAAAUCCUUCGACCAAUCCAACCUUAUCCUCCAAGGUGACGCCGUCGUCUCAACCGCCGGCCGGAUACGACUCACCAAAGUUAAAGGCAACGGCAAACCCACGCCGGCCUCUCUGGGCCGCGCCUUCUACUCCGCCCCCAUCAAAAUCUGGGACAGCACCACCGGCAAAGUCGCCAGCUGGGCCACCUCCUUCACUUUCAACAUCAAUGCUCCCAACAAAUCAAACUCCGCCGAUGGGCUUGCAUUCGCUCUCGUACCCGUCGGCUCCGAGCCCAAAUCCAACGCCGGUUUUCUUGGUCUUUUCGACAACGCCACCUACGACAGCUCCGCCCAGACCGUGGCUGUGGAGUUCGACACCUACUCGAACCCUAAGUGGGACCCGGAACCCCGUCACAUCGGCAUCGACGUGAACUCCAUCGAGUCUAUCAGAUGGGCGUCGUGGGGUCUGGCGAACGGGCAAAACGCGGAGAUUCUGAUCACCUACGACGCCUCCACGCAGCUCUUGGUGGCUUCUCUGGUUCACCCUUCCCGGAGAACCAGCUACAUCGUGUCUGAGAGAGUGGACCUGAAGAGCGUUCUUCCGGAGACGGUCAUCAUUGGGUUCUCUGCCACCACAGGGUUGCUUGCAGGUUCAACCGAAACCCACGACAUUCUCUCUUGGUCUUUUGCUUCCAAGCUCUCAGAUGGCAAUGGCAUCACCACCGGUGGCUUGGAUCUCGCCAAGUUCGUCCUCAACAAGUUCAUCUAGACUCCAUCCUCCUGCUUUUCUGUGACACUGAAACACUACUGCAUGCACUCACACCCUUCCUGCUCCUUCUUCUUUCUUCCUAAUAACGUUUUUCUGUCACAGAAGUUAAUAACAUCAUGCCUUUUUUACUCUA